CUAAUCCCAACCCGGUGACUCUACAAAGCUUUCGCCCGGCUCCCUCCUGCUCCACUCCGGCCUCGCCACCCCUGCUCCCACCUCAGCUCUGUGCACUCACCUGCUCAGGACACUUCUGCUCCUCCUGUGUCCUGCUGCCGACAGAAGACAGAGGACAGCAUGUCUGCAGUUACGGGCACGUUCCGCAUCGUGUCGGAGGAGGAGCAGGCGCUGCGCUCCAAGCUGGAGCGCCUCACCACCAAGGACCACGGGCCCGUCUUCGGGAAGUGCGAGAAGAUCCCCCCACACACCCUGCAGAAGGCAAAGGACGAGCUGAACGAGACGGAGGAGAAGCGGGAGGUGGCGGUGAAGGCGCUGCGGGAGCUGGUGCAGGAGCGGGCGGGCGGUGAGGAUGUUUGCCAGAAGGUGGCCGAGAAGGUGCAGGAGAGGGACGACUCCUUCCUGCUCCGCUUCAUCCGCGCCCGCAAGUUCGACGUGCACAGAGCCUAUGACCUGCUGAAAGGCUACGUGAAUUUCCGGCAGCAGUACCCCGAGCUGUUUGACAACCUGAGCCCCGAGGCGGUGCGCAGCACCAUCGAGGCGGGCUACCCCGGCAUCCUGGCCAGCAGGGACAAGUACGGCCGCGUGGUGAUGCUCUUCAACAUCGAGAACUGGGACUACGAGGAGAUCACCUUCGAUGAGAUCCUUCGUGCCUAUUGUAUUAUCUUGGAGAAGCUGCUGGAGAAUGAAGAGACCCAGAUCAAUGGGUUCUGCAUCAUUGAGAACUUCAAGGGCUUCACCAUGCAGCAGGCAUCAGGGAUCAAACCCUCUGAGCUCAAGAAGAUGGUGGACAUGCUGCAGGACUCCUUCCCAGCGCGGUUCAAGGCCGUCCACUUCAUCCACCAGCCUUGGUACUUCACCACCACCUACAACGUGGUGAAACCCUUCCUGAAGAGCAAACUGCUGGAGAGGGUCUUUGUGCACGGCGAGGAGCUGGAAUCCUUCUACCAGGAGAUCGAUGCUGACAUCUUGCCAGCAGACUUUGGUGGCAACCUGCCCAAGUACGAUGGCAAAGCAACUGCAGAGAAGCUCUUUGGGCCUCGCAUCGAGUCUGAGGACACAGCUCUCUAAAGCAGGAGCCUGCUGCCUCCCCUGUCCCACAGCACCAGAGGUGGCCCUCUAACCCCACCACCUCCCUCCUGUAGCGUUGCUCGAGUGACUGUUCGUGCUGCAGCAGCCUGGGUGUGCUGCUCCAUGCCCGUCCCUCCUGUCCCCACUCCAGGCACAGGGCUGUGCCUCCCAGGCACAGCAUCCUUCCCUCUGGAGCUACUGGAGAAAGGAGGCCACCAGCCCUCUCCCACAGCCUUUCCUGGAGCUGCAAGGGGAGGACAGGAGAGUGUCUGCUCUGGGAAGGGAGGGCUACAGUGAGGGAGAAAUAAA